UGGCUGGGAGAAUUCUUAUUAGCCGUAUUGCAGGAAUGGAGCGAGUGGAGAGCCCGGGGGUGAAGUGAGAGUCCGGCCAGGGGGCAGCAUGGGCACCCAGGAGGGAGGCAGUGCCAGCCUGAUGCUGGAGUUUGCCGCACAAGCCUUUCAAACCAAAAACUUCCAGCUGGCGUGUGAGAUCUAUGAGAGGCAGCUGCAGGGGCAGCAGUUGGGGGUGGCGGACUGGGGGCUGCUGCUCAGGAGGGCAGACUGCCUGGCAUGCUCGGGGAAACUGCAGGACGCUCUCCCUCUGUAUCAGGAAGCGGCUGCCCACAAGAAGCUGUGUGUGGAGCAGCUGGAGCCCCUGGUAUCCUGCCUGGCAGACCAGCUGAGAGGAAGAGAAGCGCUGCCCCUGAGUCCGCAGUGGGGGAUCGUGACCUGUUUGGAGUGCCAAGGCUUCCUGUACCAGCCUGUGACCCUGCCAUGUGGGCACACCUUCUGUAAGAAGUGCCUGGAGAACCAGAGGGGUAGGAGCCAGUGUAAAAUGUGCCCGGUGACCCAGGAGGGCACCCAGCAUCAUCACAGAGUCAAUGUGCUCCUCAGUAACAUCAUGGCAAAGGGGUUCCCCUGUGAGGUCCAAGCUGCCAAGCUCAGGCACGAAGGCAAUGCCCUCCUUGGAGACGGCAAGUUACAAGAUGCACUGGCCAGAUACAACGAAGCAAUCUCCUUAGUUUCACUUGACCAUUUACUGUAUAGCAACCGUUCUAUGAUUCACCUCAGUCUGAAGUCCUAUGAGCUGGCACUCACUGAUGCUGAAAUUGCUUGCAAGCUGCAGCCACAUUGGCUAAAAGGGCAUCUGAGGAAAGCACAAGCACUGGUCAACCUGGGAAAACCUGAAGAUGCUUUAAAAGAAUUCCUUUAUUGUCUCGUACUUGAUUCUGGGAACAAGAGGGCGAAAUUAGAAGCACAGAAGCUGCUGCUUAACAUGUUAAGUCCUGGACACAGUCAGGGAGACUUUCCAGAUAUCCUGCAGAUGAUGCCACAUCCAUCACGGACGAAGGGAAGUCUUAUGAAUUCACAAAGCACCUCAGACUACAGCAGUAACACCCAGAGUUUAUAUAGGGCUAAUGUGGAGUAUAAAAAGUCCAUAAUAUUUCCAGAAGAAGUUGGCCCAACUGGAUGUAAAACCUCAUGGAAGUUAAUGCAGCCUCCAGAACAUAAAACUGAUGUAGAGAACAAGAAGACCUCAUCAACAGAAACGUCUCUAAAGCUGCCUCUAAUGUCCAAUACGUUAAAGAGGAAGCUGUCUUCAGAUGAUGCAAGUGAGGGUAAAAUAACAGAGGGGCCCUGCAAGAUUCUGAAAAAAGAUGUAACAACGUCUGCUAAUAGUGGGGACCAAGACUCGUCUGUCUUUUACAUUGACCUAUCAGAUCUGGACUGUUCUCUCUGUAUGAGGUUGGUAUAUGAACCAGUUACUACUCCGUGUGGACACACAUAUUGCCUCAAGUGUCUUGAGCGAUGCCUUGACCACAACCCCAAGUGUCCAUUGUGUAAAGAAGACCUGUGUGAGUACCUGGCCGUAAGAACGUUUUGUAAAACAGACCUGAUAGAAGAGCUCAUUGCCAAAUACUUUCCUGAAGAACUCAAAGAGCGGAAGAUGGUCUAUGAAGAGGAAAUAGCAGAACUUUCCAACUUGAACACAAAUGUGCCCAUAUUUGUGUGUACCAUGGCCUACCCUACAGUCCCAUGUCCUCUGCACAUAUUUGAACCUUGUUAUCGUCUGAUGAUUCGAAGGUGCAUGGAAACUGGUACCAAGCAGUUUGGCAUGUGUAUUGGAGACUCUAUUAAAGGGUAAGCAAA